AUGUCGGCGGCGGCGGCUGCGGCGGCGGCGGCGGCGGCGGCGGCUGCGGCGGCACUCCACUCUAGUCUGGACUCUAUAGAGAACCUGCCGCGCCUCGCCGGGAUUUGGGACGGCCGGCAGGCUGUACCCGCGGUGGCGGCCCAGCCGCGGCAUCCGAUCCGGUCGCGAUGGCUAUCGCCGCCGCCGCCGCCGCUGCCGCCGCCGCUGCGAUCCAUUUGUAGCGGGCGGGCGGCGCAGUCGUGCCUGUCGCAGCCGCUACCUGCGGCCACGAGCUGUGGUCAUCACUGGCCACCUGCCACACUUCUUGAGGUGGAACAGCGCUGCCGAGCUUCCCGCAUUCCGCAGCCGGGUCCGGCCGCUGCUGUUGGCACGAGGCGAGGGGACGCGAGUCGUGACCGGGCGCCACUACCUGUACCUGUACCUGUACCUGCAGCUGUAGCUGUAGUCGCGGCGGCGGCUGUGCUGCCGUCUUAA